AUGGUUGUCGCUGCUGUUCUCGGUGCUGCCGGAGGAAUCGGCCAGCCCCUCUCGCUCCUUGUCAAGCAGAACCCGGCCAUCAAGGAGCUCCGCCUCUUCGAUGUCGUCCCGGUCGUCAAGGGUGUCGCAGCCGACGUCUCGCACGUCGACACCCCCGCCGUCACGACCGGAUACGUCAAGGACGAGGACGGUCUCAAGCACGCCCUCAAGGGCGCUGACAUUGUCAUCAUCCCCGCCGGUGUUCCUCGCAAGCCUGGCAUGACCCGCGACGACCUCUUCAACAUCAACGCCGGCAUCGUCCGCGACCUCGCGCAGGGCAUCGCCGAGAACUGCCCCAAGGCGUUCGUCCUUAUCAUCUCGAACCCGGUCAACUCGACUGUUCCCAUCGCCGCUGAGGUCUUCAAGGCGGCCGGCACUUUCGACCCGAAGCGCCUCUUCGGUGUCACCACCCUCGACGUCGUCCGCGCCUCGACCAUGUCCGCCCAGGCCAUCGGCAAGCCCAACGACGCCGCGCAGUACACGAUCCCCGUCGUCGGCGGCCACUCGGGCGUGACGAUCCUCCCCCUCCUCUCGCAGUCCAAGCCCGCCCUCCCCGAAUCGCUCUUCUCCGACUCGGUGAAGCUCAAGGCGCUCGUGAACCGCAUCCAGUUCGGCGGCGACGAGGUCGUCCAGGCCAAGGCCGGUGGCGGAUCCGCGACGCUCUCGAUGGCGUACGCUGGGUACAAGUUCGCUGAGCAGCUCAUUGCCGCUGCGUUUGAGGGCAAGAAGGGCGUCGUCGCGCCUAGCUACGUCUACGUCGCCGACAACAAGGACGUCCAGAAGGAGAUCGGUCAGGACCUCGCCUUCUUCUCCGUCCCCGUCGAGCUUGGCCCCAACGGCGCCGAGAAGCUCCACCCUCUCGGCCAGCUCUCCUCCUACGAGAAGGAGCUCCUCCAAGCCUGCCUCGGCGAGCUCCCCGGAUCCAUCACCAAGGGCGUCAACUUUAUCCAGCAGCCCAAGCUCUGA